ACACACGCGAACACAUCUUCUUCAUCUUCCUCAGCUCGAUCACUUCGAUUUCUCCUCUAACUUCCCGCGACAAAGCUCUAGUUUCUUUCUCGAUCAGACCACGUACGACAAUGGAAAAGGACAAGGGGCUCGUCUCCAACCUCAUGCACGGCGUCGCCGGCGGCGGCCAUGCCUAUCCGUACCCUCCUCAGCAGGGCUACUACCCUCCGCCGCCCACCGCAUAUCCUCCUCCGGCUGGCUAUGCUGCGCCAUACCAGGGUUAUGGAGGUAGCCAUGGUGGAGGAGGGCACAUGGCUCCGAUGCUUGGAGCGGGUGCAGCCGUCGCCGCCGCGGCGUACGGUGCACACAAGCUUUCUUCCCAUGGCGGCCAUGGAGGCUACGGUUACGGUUACGGCGGUCACCAUGGCGGUGGCGGCUUCUUUGGCGGCGAUCACCAUGGCCACGGCGGCCAUCACGGCGAAUACUAUGGAGGCCAUCACGGACACGACGACCACCAUGGCGGCUUCUAUGGCGGUCAUCACGGACACGACGGCCACCACGGCGGCUUCUAUGGCGGUCACCACGGCGGUCACCAUGGUGGCCACCAUUAAUACUGCUCUCAGCUUCUCACCAUGCCUGCUCAAUAAGUGAGAGUGAUAGAUGUUGGCUUGGCGACAUAUAUAUAUAUAGUUUGAUCAUGCUAAACUCAAAUAUGUGGAUAGGUCUUAAUUUCUAGAGGUGAAGUGUGGUUUGGAGAAGCUUUUCUCCAUACUUUGAUUUCAUUUACUCUGCUUGUGUGUCUGAGUGAUGACAAUAUAUAUAUGUGGUAUGCUAAUUACUAAUUAAGUGCUUAUGAGUGUUUAUACCC